AUGUCGAGUAUCCUACACCACCACCACAACUCAGGAAAAUAUUCUGAACAGGCGUCGCAUGAGUCACCUCAGCGUGACUCGUACGUUGAUGAUAAAGCCAACAACAGUACCCACCAUCACCAUCACCUCUUUGACCAUCACAGUGAGGGCGAUGAGAAGCCGCAUCACCGUCCCAGUCAGGCUGAAAUCGAUAACGCUGAGUUUUCUGCCGCUAGGCAUUAUGACCACGCUAUGAAAGGAAGCCAUGGUGCCGGUGUCGGCUUCGAAGGAGGUCGACAGUGA